AUGGACUCAAAUUUCCAACACACAGCCACUCCUUUGAUUGAUACACAACACAACACACCUUCUAAGCAAGUCUCACUUCACUAUAUAUAUAAAUAUAAUCUCAAAAAACAUCAUGUUUCUCAAACAUUCAUUAUGUCUCAAAUUUCCUCGUACCUUUCCCUUACUUACUCUGACAUGAGCUUUCUACUCCAACCCAUUUUCCUCCAUGCAUUCUCUGCCAUCAUCCACCUCAUACUGGUGGCUAUGGUUUUGGUGUCUUGGCUUUGGAAGAAGAUCACAGUUGGAGAAGCUAGUGAUGAGUCCAACAAGCAUAAGAAGCUCAAGAAUAAAGUUAUGUUAAGAAAGACUUUGUUUUGUUCUUUGGGUGUUUCUGCUUUCAACUUUGUCCUCUGCCUCUAUAGUUCUUACUUCUUAGAGGAAGAAGGAAAGCUUGUUACCCUUUUGGAUUUAGCUAUCAAAACUCUUGCUUGGGGUCUUAUCAGUGUUUGCAUGCACAAGAGGUUCUUCUUCUUCUUGAUCAAACCUUGGUGUGUUCUCUAUUUCUUUCUUUCAUGUUACUCCUUUGUAGUUGAUAUUAUUGUUCUUUUGUAUGAAAAGAACGUGGCUUUACCAGCUCAGUACUUAGUUUCUGAUGUUGUAUCAGCUUCUGUGGGUUUAUUCUUUUGUUAUGUGGUGUGUUUUGUGAAGAAUAUUAAUGAGUGUGAAGAGGAUCAUGUCAGUGAUGAUCUUCAAGAUCCAUUACUAUUGAAUAAUGGUAAUGCACCUGUUUGUGUUACCCCUUUCUCAAGUGCUGGCAUUUUCAGCAUUCUUACAUUCUCUUGGGUGGGCCCUCUUAUUGCUCUUGGCAAUAAGAAGACCUUGGACCCUGAGGAUGUUCCUCAACUUGAUAAAAAUGAUAGUGUUUUUGGAGCUUUUCCAACUUUUAGAGAAAAAAUUGAGAAAGAUUGUAGUGCUGAAAUCAAUCACAUAACCACUCUUAAGCUGGUGAAGUUGUUGGUACUCUCAGCAUGGAGAGAGAUUCUCUUCACUGCAGUUCUUGCAUUGUUGAACACUUUGGCUUCUUAUGUUGGUCCUUAUCUUAUUGAUGCUUUUGUUCAAUACCUUGCUGGACAAAGGGUCAAUGAAAAGCAGGGCUAUGCUCUGGUUUCUGCAUUUUUCUUGUCAAAACUUGUUGAGUCCCUUUCACAAAGGCAUUGGUUGUUUAGGUUGCAGCAAGUUGGGAUUAGAAUCCAAGCACUGCUUGUAACUCUGAUCUAUAACAAAGCAUUGGUCCUUUCUUGUCAAUCAAGGAAGGGUCAUACUUCUGGUGAAAUGAUCAAUUUCGUGGCAGUUGAUGCCGGAAGAAUUGGCAACUUCACUUGGUAUAUGCAUGAUUUGUGGAGAGUAGCUCUGCAAGUUGCCUUAGCCUUGUUGCUUUUGUAUAAAAAUGUCGGUCUUGCUUCAAUCGCCGCGUUUGUGGCAACCAUAAUUGUAAUGUUGGUAAAUGUUCCUCUUGGAAAAUUACAAAAGAAGUUUCAGAAGAACUUCAUGGACUCAAAAGAUACAAGGAUGAAGGCAACAUCUGAGAUUCUAAGGAACAUGAAGAUCCUCAAACUACAAGGAUGGGAAAUGAAGUUUCUAUCUAAGAUAACUGAGCUUAGGAAAACUGAGGAAGGGUGGUUAAAGAAAUCUGCAUACAAUUCAGCUAUCAGUGCUUUUGUGUUCUGGAUUGCUCCUACUUUUGUAUCUGUUGUUACUUUUGGUUCAUGUAUGCUUAUGGGGAUUCCACUUGAAUCAGGGAAAAUUUUGUCUGCACUUGCAACAUUCAGAAUCCUUCAAGUUCCCAUAUAUAAUCUUCCAAAUACAAUUUCAGCUAUACUACAAACUAAGGUUUCUCUUGAUAGGAUUUCGUCGUUCCUUCGUCUCGAAGACUUGCAAUCUGAUGUUGUAGAGAAGCUACCUUUCGGUACUUCAGAUAAAGCAAUUGAAGUAACCAAUGGAAGCUUCUCUUGGGAUCUAUCUUCUCCAAAUACAACAUUGAAGAACAUAAAUCUUGAAGUUUUUCAUGGUAUGAGGGUUGCUGUUUGUGGGACAGUUGGAUCAGGAAAAUCUACAUUGCUUUCUUGUAUAUUGGGAGAAGUACCAAAGGUUUCAGGCACUCUAAAAGUGUGUGGAACAAAGGCCUAUGUUGCUCAAUCACCAUGGAUACAAAGUGGAAAGAUAGAGGAUAAUAUACUGUUUGGUAAAGAGAUGGAUAGGGAAAGGUAUGAGAAGGUUCUUGAAGCCUGUUCCUUGAAAAAGGAUCUUGAAAUUUUGCCAUUUGGUGACCAAACAAUUAUUGGGGAACGUGGGAUAAAUUUGAGUGGUGGACAAAAACAAAGGGUACAAAUUGCUAGAUCUCUUUAUCAAGAUGCUGAUAUAUACAUGUUUGAUGAUCCUUUCAGUGCUGUGGAUGCUCAUACAGGAUCACACAUCUUUAAGGAAUGUUUACUAGGCCUUUUAAGAUCAAAGACAGUAAUUUAUGUUACUCAUCAAGUUGAGUUCUUACCUGCUGCUGACCUUAUAUUGGUGAUGAAAGAUGGGAAGAUUACUCAAUGUGGAAAGUAUGCUGAUCUUCUUAACAAUGGAACCGAUUUUAUGGAACUUGUUGGUGCACAUAAAAAAGCUUUGUCUACACUUGAUUCAAUAGAUGAAGGAAUAGUAUCCAAUGAAAUAAGUACCUUGGAACAAGAUUUAGAUGUUCCUGUUUCUCGGGGUGGAGAGAAAGAAGAGGAAAAGAAAGAUGAGCAAAAUGGUAAAAUUGAUAACAAAGGUGAUGAGGCAAAAGGCCAACUUGUUCAAGAAGAAGAAAGAGAGAGAGGUAGAGUUGGAUUUUCAGUGUAUUGGCAAUUUAUCACUAUGGCAUAUGGAGGUGCUCUUGUUCCUUUCAUGCUAUUGGCUCAGAUUCUCUUCCAAGUUCUCCAAAUUGGUAGCAACUAUUGGAUGGCUUGGGCAACACCAAUCUCACAAGAUGUGGAGCCACCUGUUUUGGAAACAACUCUUAUAGCUGUCUAUGUUGCUUUGGCUAUUGCAAGUUCUUUCUGCAUUCUUGCAAGGACAACACUUCUUGCCACUGCUGUAUAUAAGACAGCUACCAUAAUCUUCAAUAAGAUGCACUUCUGCAUCUUUCGCGCACCAAUGUCAUUCUUUGAUUCCACUCCAAGCGGCCGAAUUCUAAAUAGAGUUUCUACUGAUCAAAGUGCAGUAGACACAAACAUUCCUUAUCUAGCUGCUUCAUUUGCCUUUCUCUUCAUCCAACUUUUGGGAGUUAUAGCAGUGAUGUCUCAAUCUGCAUGGCAAGUUUUCAUUGUCUUUAUACCUGUGAUAGCAAUCAGCAUUUGGUAUCAGCAAUAUUACUUACCACCAGCUCGAGAGCUAUCGCGCUUAGUUGGAGUAUGCAAAGCACCAAUCCUUCAGAACUUUUCUGAAACAAUUUCUGGUACUUCAACCAUCAGAAGCUUUGAUCAGCAGUCUAGAUUUCAGGAAAAGAAUAUGAAACUAAUUGAUGGAUAUUCGCGACCACAGUUCAAUAGUUCUGGUGCUUCUGCAUGGUUAUGCUUCCGUUUGGAUAUAUUGUCUUCAAUCACAUUUGCAUUUUCUGUGAUAUGCUUGAUGGUUGUUCCUCAAGGAGUCAUAGAUCCAGGCCUUGCUGGUUUAUCUGUUACCUAUGGACUCAAUUUGAACUCGUUAAACGCUAUGGUGAUUCGACUUCUUUGUGAAUUGGAGAACAAGAUGAUAUCAGUAGAAAGAAUACUUCAAUAUACAUCUAUUCCUAGUGAGCCUCCCCUUGUUGUGCAAGAAAAUAGACCAAGUCCUUCUUGGCCAUCAUAUGGAGAAGUUGAUAUAUGCAACUUGCAGGUUCGUUAUGCUCCACACCUUCCACUUGUGUUGCAUGGCCUCACAUGCACAUUUCAUGGAGGAUUGAAAACUGGCAUUGUUGGGAGAACAGGAAGUGGCAAAACAACUCUCAUACAAACUCUCUUCCGAAUCAUCGAACCAGCUGCUGGAGAAGUUGUGAUUGAUGGCAUCAACAUCUCUUCAAUAGGACUUCAUGAUUUGAGGUCUAGAUUAAGCAUUAUUCCUCAAGAUCCAACCAUGUUUGAAGGGACAGUGAGAAACAAUCUGGAUCCACUAGAGGAGUACACUGAUGAACAAAUUUGGGAGGCCCUUGAAAAGUGUCAACUUGGUGAUGAAGUUAGAAGAAAAGAAGGAAAGUUGGACUCUCCAGUUAGCGAAAACGGCGAGAAUUGGAGCAUGGGACAGAGGCAAUUGGUGUGCCUUGGUAGGGUGCUUCUAAAAAAGAGCAAGGUAUUGGUGCUUGACGAAGCGACUGCAUCAGUUGAUACUGCCACAGACAAUUUGAUUCAACAAACUCUUAGGCUGCAUUUCGCUGACUCCACAGUCAUAACCAUUGCGCAUAGAAUCACUUCUGUUAUCGACAGUGAUAUGGUCUUGCUUCUUCAUCAAGGACUAAUUGAAGAGUAUGAUUCACCUUCAAAAUUGCUAGAGGAUAAGUCAUCAUCUUUUGCUCAACUUGUUGCAGAGUACACAAUGAGAUCCAAAACCAGUUUUGAGAAAUCUUCUGAUCACUGAUUUAGACAUAUUAUAGCUAGUUUAUUUAGUAGAAUAAUGUUUUGAAUUUGCUGUGGUAUACCAUAUCAAUUUUAAUUGGAUGUAUUACUACAUUACUAGUAUGUUCUAGCAGCAGCAGAGAUUAAUAAUCUCAUAUGAUCUAAUGCUUUAUGAUAGGAAUAGAAAAUUUUAAUUUGUCAUA